GUUUUUCCGAACCUCCGCCGCCGCCAGCACACACACCGCACCGGAUAGGUCGACCGCGAACACUCGCGCUCGAGAAAAACUCCCGCAGACGGACCGACCUCCGACGACGGGGAAGUAUAUCACACCGUGUCCGCGGACGAGACGCGACAUUCACGACAGCAUAACGGCGAGCGGCUGACGUACCGGUCACCGAGAAUUACGUGACACCACCUGUAGGCGAACGCCGCGUAACAAUAAUAUAAGUAUAAUAUUGUAAACGCACUUUCUGUCCGCCAACAUCCGUCGACGCCGCAACACUACCGCCGCACAUAGAUCGAUCGUUGUGUACACCGGUUAGUCAGCACCCGUCACGCACACCGCCGUCGUUUCGCGCCGACCGCAUCACCGACGAACGCCGCGCGACAACAUGGCACGCUUGACGUUGGUCGUCGGCAUAGUUUUCGGCUUCGUCGCCGCGUCCGCCGUCGGCAUCACCACCACCGAUGAUGGUACUGAAGGUUUGUCGGCGGUGGCAGCACCUUGGGAUGAUAGUCGUAUGGAUGAGAGGAUCUACGCCGAUACUCCAAAUUAUCUGACAUUUCAGCUGAACAGCAAGAGAUAUUCCGUACCUUAUCAUCCAGUGGCCAGGUUGAGGGCCAGUCAAACGGCCGGUGUAGUGCUACCAUACGGCAUGAUUGCUAACAGAAAUUACGUAAACGACGAUGUAAACCGAUUUGAACCAGUAUGGAAGCCGACCGCUGCUGAGCUAUUGAAUGUGCUAAUGAACCGUCGGAAGAAUACAGACACUGGAAUGGACAACACAAAUUUCAUGCGAUUUGGCAUCAGUAAAAGAACGCGUUUCUAUGAUAAUUAAAGAGCCUUCAGCGCGCUUGCUUCUUAUUUCUGUAACGGCCAUUGUCGGCUAUUAUUAUUAUUAUUAUUAUUAUUAUUAUCAUUAUCAUUCCAAAAUAGUUAAAUAUUGUUUUGACAUUGCACUU